AAGAGGAAAUUGACGGCUUUCGCCUCGUUUCUCCAGGUCCGUGUGGAGAGCAGCUAGAAGCAAUGGAGACCUCUACGAAAGAGUACAUCGUGCGGAACUGCCUUACGUACGCGUACGGUGCCCUGCGCUCUAAGGAUCGUCUCAUGGGCGAGUCGACAGUGAGCCACUACGAGAACUACUUCCAGCAACUUCUGGAGGAGCUGGGGCCGCCGGGCAAGAAGUGGGAGACGGCCGUCCCUAACAGCGAGGUGGAGUCUUUCUAUCUGGGGAACACUAGCCUCGGGGAGUUUCGCCUGCACACGCAGAAAAGGGUGUUCACAAAGGUACCCGGGUGGGAGUUUGCCCCCUUCUCCUCCGUCAUCUGGUCCAUCACCUGCUCUUCCCCCGAUAAAACCUCUCUCUGCUCGAAACUGGACCCAGGGCUCAGCCGGCAAAUAUGGGAGAUUUUCGUCAGCCUAGACGUUGAUUCACAGGUGAGGUAUAUACAUGUGUACAAGGGAACAUCUGAAAAUGCCUCCAAUAAGCACACCGUCUCUACACAAAAGAAAAUUUGCGAUGCAGCACACGCACUGUACAGAUACGCGAGGAGAAUCACACCAAACAUUAUAAGGAGCCUCCACGAGUUAGUUUUCUCCGAGAUCUUGCUCUGCGGGAAGCUCACAAAGAAAGGUCACAAGAUCCCCAGUUGGAAAGAGAGAUGGUUCACACUACAACCAAAGCUACUCACCUACUACGAGUCCUACGAAAACAUGGUCUUGAAGGUCCGCUUCUCACUAUGCAUUCAUGAUGGAGAUGGCUUUAACGGAAUGAUAGCUAUUGGAGCUGAUACUCAGUUUGAGUUCAUGGCUGACUCUAAGAGCCACCAGCGAAGGUUCAAGAUCGUGGAUCACCAGACUCAGGUUCCGUAUGAGAUCUGCACACCUGAUGUGUCCUCAUUACAAAAAUGGAACUAUGGAAUUCAAGUGGCAGUAACCAUGAACAGAGUGAGUGGAUCCAACUUUCUCUACAAACUCACCCAGGCUCAGAAACAGAUCUUCCCCGAAAACGCCACAUUUGCAAUCAGCGCUGUCACCCACACAAAGUCGACCAAACCUCCCGGGUUUGGUUACCAUCCUCCCCUGUCACCCUCGAAAUCGGUACCACAACCUCCAAUGCCGUACAACAAGCACAAGGCAAUGGCAGGAAUGCACCACCAAUCUUCGAUCCCAGAUAAACUGACCCCCUAUGGUGACGAUACGGACGGACCCCCACCGAUCCCCCUGCAAAAUUUCGACACUGCCGCCGCUGCAAGAGAAAACCAACUGAAUAUCGCCCAACGAAAGAGUAGCACUGGUUCCGGCGUGGUUGUGAGGGAAAAACCAAGAGAUUCCGCAUCGCGCGGCAUACGAGAAGCGAAAUCACGCCGUCGACACAGCUCUAUCAACCAAAGUUCUGAAUUCGAGAAGGAGCAGGAGAAGAGAGAGAAAGAUUGGAGCACAUCAACGUCGGGGGUGCAAUGUACGCCGUGGUCAAAAAACAAAGUUCCACACAAACGGCCCUCCUGAACUCCCCGAGAAGGAGAUACGGCGAAUUCGACCGAAAACCCCAUCACCUUCAUCUCAGAGAAGAGGUUAUGUCCAACUACAGUUUCAAAACGGGACUUCCAGCUGACCCCCAGUAUCCCCGCCCAAGCGAGAGAUAAUCCCUCCAGAUUCUCGGACAAAAUGGAGCUACUCCACAGUUGUGUUUGAGGCACAGCGGGGGCAAAAAGAGAAAGAGUUUGAAAGCGAUUUCGGCGCCAAAAAGAAAAACAAGCCACUCCCACCAACCCCAUCUAGUUUCAAGAGCAGCAUGUCCGAUUCAAAUAUCCUUGCGCCACAACCGGCCCCCCGUAGCCAAAAGAAGCUCCAACCACUGGAUGUUGCAAAACCCAACGACCAGCAAAGAAGUUACGCUGCCAUUGAUUUCUCCGCACAGUCUCCUGUACAAAAUGGCGGAAAUGUCCCAGGCGCUGGCAGGGCCAAGAAAGAAAAGCCAAAGCUGCCACCAAAGGACAAUAGUCCAAAGCUGCCACCGAAAGUUGACAAUAUGGACAAACCAAAGUUACCACCAAAAGAAGAUAGCACGGAAAAGCCAAAAUUGCCACUAAAGGAGGAAAACCCGUCACAAAGUUUGCCUCUUUCAAGACCUGCACCUGCUCCCAGGCGGGUGGUGUCCCCAACGUCUGAAGCUCCGCCCCCAAUUCCCGCAAGGCGUCCUCGUCUUCCUCCGCUUUAGAACUUAUUGUCAUUUGAUCGUUUGUUCUUUUUAUGCACCAUUUUACACUUUUGUACAGAUUUUUUGCAUUGUCUCUUUGCUGAUCAUUAGUGUGUUUUAUGCAAAUCGUCCACAUUUUCAGGGCACAUUAAAAAGUGCACGUACACUUAAAACUUAAUACUAUAUACACAAAUACAUGGAAUGUUCGACCAUAAUGUUUGCAAAAAGAACUAGCUAUUUGUGGUUUGUAUUGAAGUAGAUUGCACAUGUGACGACUACAGAAUAAGGAAUGUAUGUCAGGAGAGAAAGAGAGUUCCAAACGAGUGCCCUCCGCGCUCGAUUUAGCAUUCUGCCUUCUCUUGGCUUUGACGGUGUGGUUUUAAGAUCCUGCAUCCAGAACACACACAAUAUGAGUCAGCUAAUACAUGACCAGGGGAAGCUUACUUGGCACCAGAUCAUAACAAAGUCACACACGGAUUAGCUAAUUUUAAUAGGGGGAACUUCAUAUAUAAAGCUUCGAUAGAGAGGUGGCAUCUCUUUAUUUCAGUUAGGAGAAACUCUUACUGGAAUGUGGAAAGUGUAGUAGAUAGCUGGAAGAACGCAGACAAAUGCCAGCAGAUUGAGAAAGAGACAACUGUUGACUACUGAUGCCACUGUUA